UGGAGAGUUGGGGGUCGCGGCCCGAGUGUCACCCGCAGUCGAUUUCCCCUCACUUCAUCCCUGCCCACUGAGUAAUCCCCCGGACCCACUUUGGUCCAACUCGUGUGCGGUCGUCCCUCAGCAAACACCACGUCCACCCUCGCCAGUCUUCCCUGAGCGGCCGGUGUCCCCAAUCCAGCACGCCACUGACAUUCAGGCGUUACCCGCCCCGCCGAUCUACUCGUACCCCCCGGUGCCGGCGCCUUGUUACUGCCCCAUGUGUUUCCCAGGUGUGGCGUGGAUGGCCGCCUGCCCACAAUUCCCCUGUUGUCUACCCCCGGCCCCCGCCACACCCGCCUUCAUUGACCCGACCUCAGGUGCGCCGGUGUUCUCCUGUUGUCUACCCAUGUCGACAUUCCCAACAGGUUCUACUACCUCCACUUUUAUCCCCCUUGGACCACACGCACUGCCUUAUCCUGCGAGUGCACCAAGCACCUCCCAAGUCAACUCCCAACUGCCCUACGCGAUAGCCAUUAGCCCAAAGGCCGGCUCAGUCAUGUCCGGACAGCAAGUGCCACCGGCCGACUCGACCUCCAACGCGCCGAACGGCCCGGGCGAGUGGGUGUUUGAGGCAAACUCGGCAGCAUCUGCAUAUCCCCUUCACGGGUGA